CACGAAGCUGGAUGAACGAAUCUUAACACUCAUAUGGUGUCCAUAUGGCUUGGUGUAGAAAUUUGCCUGCCCAGAAUAAAACUAGAGAGGAUGACUAGAAAUAAAUUACAACAAUACGUGUUGUUAAAAUGAGUGCAUGUCUUGUUCUAGAUCACCAGUUUAGGUUUUGGUUUUAUUUGAAAGACCUAUUUUAAAUGAAUCGACCAGGACCCAACAGACUGUAUUGUCUACAUUAUUAAGAAAGAUAAACAUCGUAUGGAUAUUACACAUGUUUAGUCUAAUACAUUAUGGUGGGAUAAUUAUCAAUAGCCAGUCUACGUGUUCAUCGUCUACUGUAAUACGUGUAGCCUACAGAUACUUGUGUGGAUUUGAUGUGAAUGACAUACAGCGUCAUGGAGACAUCAUUUCCCGCCACUCUGCUUGUAUGUGUGGCCAUGUUCGAAUUGUGGUUGCAUCAUGUGACAUGUGAAAGAAGCAAAGUGUGGCUGACGUCAGAAAUCUCCACAGCGGACGGCCAUUAUCCGGGGAAAUUCUGUCGAAUUACAAACGUUGUUUUGCGAACACGAGACAGAAAACUUUACUUCAAGAACGAUAACUCGGAUUUUAAACAUAAUGUUGAAGUUGCAUGCAACUGGAAUUAUAUCAUGUGGUCUAUAGAUAAAACCAGUGAUCAUACUAUCUCUUGUGAUAAAGUUUACGAUUCUGGGUAUCUGUUCCCGAUAUUUUACCAUUACGGAAACAGUAAUUAUUACCAUCUGCACUACGACACAUUGAUGCCACUCUAUCAUUAUUUAUAUUAUAAAAAGAAAAAUAAUAAAAAUACAGCAUUAGUACCGGGUGUAGAAACUAAACGGUUGGAGGUUAUUGAUUGGACAACACCUGCAUUUGAUGAUGAAAAUAAAUUUUGGAAUAGAGUUGUGUCGAUAUUAUCUGAUGCUUCGCCGGAUAUUGAUAUGUUGCCAGUCAACCUGAACUUGAUAACUACAUACGACACUAUUUGUUUUAAAACAGCAUAUCUUGGGACACCAAAAAUACAGAGAGCAGAUGAAAAAUUUAUGAAAUCCUUCGUAAUGUUCGUUAAAAACCACUUCAAUAUAUCACAUAAUCAAUUAGAUACAAAUCGUGUUGGUUUAAUAAAAAGAAGUAAUAGACGCCGUAUUAAAAAUGAAGAGGAACUAAUUAAUAAUAUCAGAAAAUUCACUGAUGCUGAGCCGUUAGUGUUCGAAAAUAUGACAUUUCAAGAACAGGUUCAAGCUGUCCAAAGUUAUACAGUAUUAAUAGGAAUGAAUGGAGCUGGAUUAACUAAUGCUAUAUAUUUACCACCAGGAGCGGUAGCAAUACAGAUGGUUCCUUAUAAGGCACAAGUCAAUGCUGCUGAGUUCGCAAAACUCCUGAAGGCACGUGGUCCUUAUUUGGAAUGGCAUAAUAAGCACGAACACUUGUCGGUCCCGAAUUACAAGGGAGAUCAUUCUCAAGGGGACACGAUUGUAAAUGUGGAAGAAUUUGUGACAUUAGUUAAAGAAGGUUUAGAGCUAGUGAACAGUGACAACCAUCUUGCGAAAUCUGAACUGUGAUUAUUUUAUUUUCUCUUUCUUUGUAAAGGGCAUAUAUGUAAUGACAAAAUAUUUUUUCCCGGAUAAAGGAAAUAAUGAAUCUA